CUUGUGCGUCAACAGUUGGUUUGCCGUUUAAUUAUUGUUUGAAUCUUCAUUAAGCACAGUUUAAUUACUUGUUCUGUUUGCGAUUAACGAUUAAUGUUUCGAACACUUAUUCUCUCUGCGAUUAGAAAUUACUCAAGCGUUCAGUUCGUGUGUUACAAUUAAUCGCAUUUCGAGGCACUACGUGACCCUUUAUUAUUUUACCUAUAGAGAGACUAGAGAGAAAAUACGGCAAUUCUUUACUUUAAUUUGGUAUUAAUUUUUGUUGCUCUGCUGUAAAUAAGAGUAGAAAAUUCGUUAAAUACUUAAUCAGAGUUUCGACAAAAGAAAAGAUAGAUCGAUAUUGAUUGUAGAAAAUGGAACAAAUAGAAGGCAAAUACAGUUUCUUGAGAGAGUUUUCCGAAAUGUAUAUCUUGAUAUUUUGUCAAAAAUCAGAGAAGGAAAAAAAUGAUUUUAAUUAAAACACGUGCAAUGCCAGGAUGAGUUGUAUUUUUUUACGGAAUCACAAAUCGGGAGAUAAUAUGGAAUUUUACAACUGUCUCCAUUAGGGGAGAAAAAGAAAGAGAGAAAGAGAGGUUUUUUCUGGUCUUCAGUAAGUCACCCUUAUAUUUCCUCAUGUUUUCCGGAAGGGAUGAUGGUAAAAGCGCUUGCGCCCCGGGAACCCUGAAGAUUUUCACGAGGCUCGAAGCGGCUGGAGAACGACAGUCCUGCCGCACCACCAAAACGCGUCACACAGUUGAAACAUAGAUUCUUGACUCGUCCAUAAAAGGUCAACCCGACUCUUGCCAUGCGAUGUCGUUGCAGAGCCCGAGACUUCGACAUUACAGGACCAUGACAGCGAUUUGUUUUGUCUGCAAUUUGCCGAUUCUCAGUCAUCAAGUGGGUCUAAUAUGGCAGGGUGGAAACGGAUGGGACGAUCUUGUUCGGGAACAAGUCGAAGAAUCGACACUAAAACAACGCCUUGGAACUGGAAGACGUGAUUCAGCAGCGCAGAUAACAUCAAUCUCACCACCGAAUGAACUUCAAGAAACAUCGCCGACAAAUCAGCGUCGAAGACGCUCGAGUUUGGCACAAUUGACUGACAUUUUAAGAGAAUGGGGCGGAGGUGGCACGUCGACAAAAGGCGGAAAGGGCAGCAAGCUCUCGAGGAGAGAGACCCUCGCCGAUAUUGCGAAAUCCUUGCCAUGGUCGAGAUCGGCGACAACGGACACGUGUCAUCACACGAGUCACUAUGCGAGCGUGAGAAAGAGACGCGAGAGUUCCGUUGACAGUGGCAUUAGGAGUCAAUUAUCGACCAAGGGACGAAGGGACUCGGCAAUUAGUGACCUUAAAAAUGAUAUUGCCAAAUUAUGGGGCAAAAAGGAGCAACCACAAGCACAACAACCACCCACAGUCAUUUCGCCCACUCCAAGAAGAGGUUCGGGAGAAUCUCGAAAUUCAAGACGUGACUCUGGCGAGAGUGCAAGAUCGAGGAGAGAUUCUAUUGUUGGCGGUCAAACGGGAAAUUUGGGGGAAAAGAAGCAACACAAUUGUCGACACCAUAGACGCAAACAAUCGCAACAAUCAAUCGAUCUUGGCGUUCCGCCUGGAAAAUAUUACAGAAAUGAUCAAAGACCAAGUGCUUCCAGUACAGACAGUGGCGGGAGUUUCGCUAUUCGAGAUCAUUCGGAGACACAGAAGUCGAAUAAUUUGGAAGCGAAAACGCCGACGACUAUUGAAAUGAAGUCAGUGUCGUGCGAGAGUAAAACAUUGACUUUAGAGCCAAACAUUAAUCCACCGACAAUCAUUAUGUCUUCGGUAACGCCGCCAUCAAUUUCGCCCGUUGCCGGAAGUAGUCUUCCACUUCCGUUAAAUUCAAAUUCCGGAAGUUCCAGUCCCCUUGGUUCACCAAACGUGAGCACAACACCGACUCAUCCUUUACUGUCUACCAGAAGAGAUUCAACGACUCAGUGUUACUAUAAAGGGAAGGAAGUUUCUCCAAACAAGAUACCGAGAUUAACGAGACAAUCAGCUGCCAUGGAUGAAUGUCUGCCUCCCAGUGGAAGGCGAGAGAGUCAACCGACUUUGUCACCCGAUCCCGAUGACGGAGGUCGAAAAGCACGAAGAGAUUCUUUAAGUCCAGAUUCAGCCUCUUAUCCAAGACGUCGUGAUUCUAGGAGUCAUUUGAGUCCAGACAGAAAUGCGGAUAAGAGAGACAUUAGUCCAAUCAGACAAAGAAAAGCCCGACUCAGAAGACAAUCAACUUCAAUCGCUGGUCGCGCUCCAAGAUCUCCUGACAGUUCGUCGUGCUCCUCGAGAGAUCCAAGUCCGUGUGCGAGAGCACCUGGCAGCAUUCAACAUGCUCCAAUAAUUAGAAGACAAUCAACAACAGAAGAAAUUUUAAUAGCUCGCGGUUUUAGACGACAAAGCACCACCGAGGAAAUGAUUCGGUGUCGAAAUUUUCGCCGACAAAGUUCACAAAGCGACGAUACAGUACAAAGGUAUCGGGGCAGGAGAGACAGUUCAGCGCAGAUAACUGAUGGGACAUUUGCAACAAUGACAGUCGAGACUUCGAGCACUUUUUUUGACAGCAGCACACAGACUGAACCGUCCCCAUUAUAUGACAACAACCAUUAUCACGAGGAGUGCCUAAGAUGUAACAGCUGUGGCCUCAAUCUUACAGGACCGAAUCAAAAACGAGCACGAAGAUUCAAGAAUCAAAUCCUCUGCGACCUGCAUUUUGCGGACGUCGCACUGAUGGAGUGCUCAGACUUUAUGCAACAAUUGCGCAGCUUCAAGCCUCAAAGUUUAGGCUGCGCAGUUGCGAGAAGAAAAUCUUCAACAACCCUCAUCUUCCCUCUACCACCACAGGCUUGUUCAGAUGAAUUUUGUCAAGAGUUUCCUCACAAUUUAAUACCAACACCGGGUUAUUGGAUUGAAUGCUCGCGACAACAAAUUACAUCGGACACAAUUUGGGAUGAAAGUGAAAGCGAUCGGGAUGCAACUGAUCCCGAGCAGGUUGAGGAACGUGAGCAGGAGCAAUUUAAGCAGAGAAGGGAUUUUUGUCUAUUCGAGGAGAAUGAAGUUGAUACGGAUGAUAUUCCAAGGAAGAAAACAACAAUCGAAGAGCAAUGGGAGAAAAAUCUUGGCUUUGAAUUAACGUCAGUCGAACAAGAGACGUACGAAAAAUAUUUUUACGGCUCAGAACAUUGGAAUUAUUUUACUAAUGAUGAGGAUCUUGGACCCGUUAUAUUGAGUAUCAAGCAAGAAACCAUUAAUGGCAGAGAUCAAUUUCGAAUUCUCGUUAGAGCCAUCAGCUACACAGUUCACGGACUCAUACCAGCGAGUUGUGUUUUUGCUGAUAGAUAUAAUCGAGAGGAAGUGGUUCGAAGUUUAGGAAAAGAGGUCAACAUUAAUCCCCCAUUGACUUUGGGACAACUGCCUGACACUCCAGAAGAAUUGCUAAAGCUUGACCAAGUGUUCAUCAAAUCUGAAUUAAAAGUUGGAGUCAUUUAUGUUCAAGAGGGACAAUAUACCGAGGAAGAAAUACUUGACAACAAUGAGAACUCAUUUUUAUUUGAAGAAUUUUUACACAUACUUGGCGAAAAGGUCAGACUCAAAGGAUUUGACAAGUACAAAGGUGGCCUUGAUACUGUUCACGAUUUAACUGGAAUUUUUUCCAUUUACACCAACUGGAGAGGAAUUGAAAUUAUGUUUCAUGUCUCAACUCUACUGCCCUAUGAAAAACACGAUUCUCAAAAGCUCCAAAGAAAGAGGCAUAUAGGUAACGAUAUUGUGUGCGUUGUUUUUUUGGAAGCAGACAAUACCAGUUUUAGUCCAGCUUGUAUAAAAUCACACUUUCUUCAUACAUUUAUAUUAGUUCGAGUGAGUCCGAAAAUUAAAAGGAAAAUUUCACGAUACGAAGUUUCCGUAGUAACGAGAGAUGAAGUCGGUGCUUACAAGCCUUAUCUUUGGGAGCAAAGUGUGUUUGAAAAAGGUCCAAUGUUUCGAGAAUGGAUCCUUACGAAAAUCGUGAAUGGUGAGAGGGCAAGUUAUUCAGCACCAAAAUUUGCGAGAAUGCAGGAGAGAACGAGAAGUCAAAUGCUCGAGGAUAUUGUGGCGAAUUUAGCUAAUCACGCAGAAACGGGACAGAUUCCAAAACCUUAUAGACGUGGAUCCUGGAGACCGAUUGGUCAUAUGAGACCGUCUUCGCCUUUAUUGGACUCUGUUCGAGACCAAUUUGAAGAUUAUGAUCAACUAGCGAAAGAUUUUACGAAAGUAUUUUUGAAUAGUGCGGAGAAUGUUACGUUGAAUGCGAGUCUAUUUGAUGUUUCGUUUUUGGUUCCUGGACAUCAGAAGCAGAAAGUUCGAUUUAUUGGAGUUCGCGCAAUUUUAGGAGUUAGAAGCAGAGUUUUCCAAGAAAUGUUAUACGGAAUCCAAGCCGGUUUCGGAAGUCCACAAGUUCCAGUCGCGGAAUUAUUAGCGAGGCCAGCACCAACUUUACUCAGUCCGCAAAAGCCAAAGAGUUCGAAUUUCCUUCAAGUGCCAGACAUGGAAAGUCCAAGGCCCAAAAGUGUACCGUCAUCGCCUAUGGUGAAGAGGGCAUUUUCACGAUUAGGAACAAUUACUGCCGGCUGGGGACGAAGUAUCAAGAAACAUGGGAAUCCACUGCAAAGUGAAGACCGUAAACGAUGGGCCAGUUCGCAGGAUUGCAGCAAAGAUAAAGAACUUAAGGAAAAGGAAAAGGCGGCUCAAUCGUUAGCAGUUCCAAGAUUGAGUGUCUGCGCCGAUGCUCAAAAAGUUGAUCGAGCCAAAUUGGCACAAACUGAAUUCGAUAUAAUUGAGUUUGAUCCAGAGACAUUUCGAAUUCUCCUCGAUUAUCUACACACUGGCUCUUGUCCCUUAACAUGUAGCAAUAUUCCUGGAUUAAUUUGUGCCGCCGAGCAUUAUGAUCUACCAGAAUUAUUGCAGGCGUGCUUUCAUCAUGCAAAACAAUUUUUACGAAUUGAAAUUGUUUGCGUGAUGUUGUGUGCGUUGGAAAAUUAUUAUUGGCGAUAUACAUCGGCUUCGGAAUUGGUGAAUAUGAUUCUUGCAUUUGUUGAAACGAGGGCAUAUCAACUUUUUCAAAAUGCCGAUUUUCUGACAUUGAGCGAGUCAAUGGUACAAAUGAUUAUGUGUCGUGGACUUGAAGUUGUGGAAAUUAAAAAAUUCGAGGCAAUGCUCAGCUGGGCGGAACAUCGAAUUAAAACAAAGUCAUAUAAAAUUGACGCUAAAUUGGAAUUCGAUUGCAUUAUGGAGAGAUUAAGCAGAGAUCUAAAAUUGUACAGGAUAACGCCACAGGAACUUAUUCGAAUUGUGUUGCCUUCGAAGGCAAUAAAAAACGAAAGAAUUCUGGAAACACUGAUGUAUCAGGCAAAUACAGGAAUUUAUCGAAAUGUUGAUCGAUACUUGGAGGCCUAUCAAAACAGGAUACAAAAUCAGGAAAGUUACGAUUGUGGUUUAUGAAUAUCAAAAUUUGGGAAAAGUUAAAGAACAAUUAUGAAUCAAAUACUUUGGUCUCUAGAAUGAAUUUUGUAAUUUCCACAAAAUUUUAUACACAUUUUUCUCUUAUUUACAUAUCUUAAUAGAUAUUUAAUAUAAUUUAAAAAGAAAUAGAUUCUUUU